AUGACUGCAAACUACAAGUCAUUCAAACCAAAAGUCAAAGACUACAAAGACAAGAAAUACUUCAAUGGCGAAUGCUUUAUUUGUGAAAAGGUUGGUCAUAGAGCAAGAGACUGCCGAAACAAAGACAAGAAAACACAGCGGAACUCCAAAGUGGCCACGGUUCAAGACACUGGACAGCAUGAAGAGGCGUUUGUACUCAGGGCGAGUGAAUGGAGACCUCACUGUGUCCAACCGGAGGGUCUUCUCGUGGACAGCGGUGCUUCUGCCCACAUCAUGACCCAUGAAGAAGCCUUCAUUAGCUACCGGGACCGAAAUAAAAAGGAGCUUGCUUGGAGGAGGGUUAGCGAGGUGGUUGGUGUCUCGGUGGAAGUUUGCAAAAAGCGGUGGAAGAAUCUGAGGGACACAUAUGAGGUGCUGAAGACACUGCCACCACCACACAAGGUGAGACAUCUUGGCCUGAGCUGCCUGCUGCUGCUGCUGCUGCUGCUGCUGCUGCUGCUGCUUCUUCUUCCUCAGCCGGUUCUUCUUCUGUGA